GAGAGAGAGAGAGUGUGACGUACCCCUCUGGCUCCUGGUGAACUGAGGAGGUGUUAUGCCAUCCAGCGCUGAAGUUGUCUCUCUUGGAUCGGGAGGAAGAGGGCCAGUGGCGGAGGGGGCCAUCGGUGGAGACGAGCGGCUCAGUUUCAGAAUAAUGUCUUCCAAGCAAGCCACCUCUCCGUUUGCCUCCGUCGCCGAUGGGGAGGAAGCCAUGAGUCAGGACCACCUGUCCUGGGAUAAGGAGGAGAGUGCGGAGGCCCACGGGACGCCCCAGCUGCCCCUGCACAGCCUGCUCCACAGCAAGGGCUCCAUGGACGAUUCAUUAAUAAUCGCCACCUCAUGCGUGACCUAA